GAGGUGGAGAGGAGGAGAAGAGCGGGAGGUGACGCUAAAGAAGAGAGGAGGAGAGGAGAAGGAGAGAAGAAGAAGAGGAGAGCAGAAGAGACGGAGAGAAGAAGAGGAGGAGAGUAGAAGAGAAGAAGGAGAGGAGGAGAGGAGCGGGAGGCAACGCCGAGCGGGACCGGCCGGAGGGCGCUUCUCGCCGCAGCCGCCUGGCAGGUUUUUCUCCCCGGCGCUGCUCUCCGCCGCCCCUGGGCUGCAGGCAGCGCCCAUCACCGCGCCCCAGCCCCGGAUCCCCGGGCUGCAGGCAGCGCCCAUCACCGCUCCCCAGCCCCGGAUCCCCCGGGCUGCAGGCAGCGCCCAUCACCGCUCCCCCGCCCCGGGUCCCCUGGGCUGCCUCCCUGUCCCCUCUCUCAGGUCCCGCAGAGCCAUGCCCGCCGCUCGCCCAUGGCAGCUGCCCGCCCUCCUGCUGCUGCUGCUCCUGCUCUGCGGCCGCGCUGCCGCCGAGGGCCGCGGCUCCCUGCGCCCCCCGGGCCGGCAGCUCCCCCCCACCGGGACCCCCGCGGCACAGCCCAACGCGUCCCUCCCGGCGGCGCUGCCCGAGGGCGGCGGGGGGCGGCCGCGAUCCGCCUCCCCCCCCAUGUGCACGGGGCAGACCGAGAUCAAGGAGACUUUUAAAUACAUCAACACGGUGGUGUCCUGCCUCGUCUUCGUCCUCGGCAUCAUCGGCAACUCCACGCUGCUGCGGAUCAUCUACAAGAACAAGUGCAUGAGGAACGGGCCCAACAUCCUCAUCGCCAGCCUGGCCCUGGGCGACCUGCUUCACAUCAUCAUCGACAUCCCCAUCAGCGUCUACAAGCUGUUUGCAAAGGACUGGCCGUUCGGUGUCGAAAUGUGCAAAUUAGUACCCUUCAUUCAAAAGGCAUCAGUGGGCAUCACAGUUUUGAGUUUGUGUGCCCUCAGUAUAGAUAGGUACCGAGCAGUUGCUUCUUGGAGUCGCAUUAAAGGAAUUGGAGUGCCAAAGUGGACUGCUGUUGAAAUUGUACUGAUCUGGGUUAUAUCGGUGAUUUUGGCUGUUCCAGAAGCGAUCGCAUUUGACAUGAUUACGAUGGAGUACAGAGGAAAGGAUCUUAGAAUCUGCCUGCUUCAUCCCACGCAGAAGACGUCCUUUAUGAUGUUUUACAAGCAAGCUAAAGACUGGUGGCUAUUUAGCUUUUACUUCUGUUUGCCACUGGCUAUCACAGCACUUUUUUAUACUCUCAUGACCUGCGAGAUGUUAAGAAAGAAAAGUGGGAUGCAGAUUGCUUUAAAUGACCACUUAAAGCAGAGGCGUGAGGUGGCCAAAACUGUGUUCUGUCUGGUACUUGUUUUUGCCUUGUGCUGGCUCCCACUUCACUUAAGCAGAAUAUUGAAACUCACUAUUUAUGAUCAGAAGGACCCCAACAGAUGUGAACUUUUAAGCUUUUUUCUUGUGAUGGACUACAUUGGCAUCAACAUGGCUUCACUGAAUUCCUGCAUCAAUCCAAUAGCUCUGUAUUUGGUGAGCAAAAGAUUCCAAAACUGCUUUAAGUCAUGCUUGUGUUGCUGGUGCCAGUCCAAAGAUCUGUUGUCCCUGGAGGAAAGGCAGUCCUGUUUAAAGUUCAAAGCUAAUGAUCACGGAUAUGAUAAUUUCCGUUCCAGUAACAAGUACAGCUCUUCAUAAAACAAGCAUAAAAGGUAUAUUAUCUUACAUUUAUGCUGGUGCCUUUUUAAGUAAAAGUGGCAAUUAUUUAAACAAGAUGGCCGUGUUCAGAAAGAUUAAUUUUGUGUUUGCACAAAAAAAGAACGUUAAAAAAAGUAAUUGCCGCAAAACUGUGUCAUGUUGAAAAGCACAGACAUUUAUAAAAUCCUCGUUUAUGGAACAUGAAGAAAAGCAGAGAAAAAACAAGUCAUUGUUAGCACUUGAAUACUUCUGAAUCAGCACUUCCCAAUGAUCGCCGCUUCCUGCACGUUAAAUGAUCAUUUUUGUUCACUGUAACAGUUGUAGGAACUGAAGUCACCGUAAUUACCGAGCAGUAUAAUAUAAUGUUAAUUGGAUCAAAGCCAUUAUUAUAUAUAGCGCAAUAUUAUCUUUUAUAAAGCAGAUUAACCACCAUCACUACUGUGGAUUUGUUUGGGUUUUUUUAAAUAAAACAUGAAAUACUUUGUAAUAGAAGCUUAAAUGUAAAAAAGUAGAAUUUUUAUGAGGGAUACUAUGGACAUAGCUUGUUGCAGAGACACCCACAAAACACACAAACCAGUAACUCAAGCUGAAGAUUUAUUCCAACUAAAAUUACUAAACAUUCUGACAAACCAAAACAAACCACAAGUUUGGGUGUCAGGCAGGAAUAUUACUACACAACAGACAUAAGAAUCCCUAAGUUUCGCAAACAGUCUUUUAGAAAGAUGACCAAAUGUGGAAAGGCACUCACCUAUAAGAUCAGGGCUUUCAAUUCCGGGGAUGUUACCUUGGAUGGAAUCCCGAUCCAAGGGGAAAGUCCUUGACUGCAGACCCACUGCUCCACCAUGGGUGGACUCAAAUCAGCUCUCUAGGUCUCUUGUUUGUACUAUAGUUGAGUAUGAUCUGUGGUCAUUUCUAAUUGACUUGGGGUCCCAUCCUCCUGGGACUGCGUGUAUGACAAUAGUUCCUGUAAGUGUGCAAAAAAGGCAAGGUAGGCACCUGAGGAUCAGGUUUUGACAGCCAGAAAGCCCCUGGUUUUGUGAGAUCUUCGUCAAGCGGGUGUUUCUGCCACACAGCUAAUGAAAAAUAUUAAAGAAUGCAGUCAAGUCUGAUAAUUGUUUUCACCUGUGAGAAGGAACCUCCCGAGGCAUUUAUAAAUCCCCCUGUCUAACCGCUUUGCAUGUUCAGUGCAUUUGGCAACACUUUGGGUAUGGUCCUUUUCAUAGUUUCCACACUACCUGUGUUUAAUGACAGCAGAAGAGAGAAAAGCACACCAAACACAAAAAUUAGUACUAAUAGAACCAUACAAAAGAUGACUGGUAUUGGAAACCAGCCAUUUUCAACAGAAAAGAAAUUUGUUGUAUCCCAUGUAAACAGUGGGCAUUCAAGAGCCUAAAGGUUCUUUACUAGAGAUACUUUUGUGACAAUUUACAAAUGGUUUUGCAAUCCAAGUAUUGUCUUGAGGCAAAAUCUUUUAGAAACAGCACAUGGGGAAAAUGUAACCAAGGAAAACAGAGGCAGAAUUUGAAUUUCUAUUUUUAUUUAGAUUUAAAUCUUCAUAAAGGAAAUAAUUAACAAACUAUACUUCUAGAGAACAGAACUAUGUAGCAUAGUCAUCUUCAUACUGUUUUUAAAAUAUAUUCUGCUUCUGUAGUUCCAUAUUUAUGGGCUUAAGAAGAUACGUGUUUGGUUUCUGCUUCUGUAAAUAGUUUAGUGAAGCAUAAUUAAUUGUAAAGUAUUAAAGUAUGGGCAGGACCCUGUGAGAAAACAGGAAGAUAAAGAUGCCUGUAGUAAACAUAAUGUGUGUUGCCAGGAGCAAUGCAUGUUUUGUACAUACAUGACAGGUCAUUCUUUGACUUUUCAUUUCCUAUUAAUUUGUUACAGACAUCCCCAAGAACUUACUAACAUAUUUUGUGCACUAAAGCAGAAGUUUUUCAAGAAGAAAUGUCAUAUAACAUGCUUUUAUAAAAGAUGUUUGCAAUAGGCUUGGUAUUUUAUUAUAAUAAAAAUAUUUAUCAAAAACUCAGGUAUUUUUUUUUUAUUUCCAAAUUUCACAUGUAAGGAUUUCUACCUUUGUUUCCAGUGUUGGUUAACUUCAGAUUUUUUUAAUAAAGUGCCUUAGAUAUGCUCAGGAUGAAAUCAAUUUUCAUAAAAACCUUCACCGGAUUUUGCAUUAGAUGGGUUUCAUCUUAUUUGACUUUGGGUAGCUACAGCUACCUUGCAAACAGCUAGAAGCAGGAGAGGUGAACACCAUUCCUGGUGUUGCUCUAAUCAAAAGCUGGGUGAAUGCUUGUGUGAUCAAGCUGAGGACCCAUGUGCUUGCCUUUGAGCAUGGGCACGCGUGUGUGAGAGAGAGUUUGUGUGUGAAUGUGUGUGUACGUUGCUAUCAACAUCUUUCUGCAGAACAUGCACCCAACUGCUAUAAGACUGAACUUUUAAAACUAUAAUUCUAUUUCAAGUUUAGUUCUUUACAUUUUAGCCUUAACUUUCAUGGUAACUUUCUCACAGUAAGCCGUGAAUAUCACUGCGCAUCACCCUGCCUGGCCUGUUUUUAUGAAAUGUAUUUUAUCUGUUAAGGGUGGAUAAACCUUAAAUCCCAAGUUUGGAGCUGAUUGGUUUUAUUUUCAUCAAGUUAUAUCAUUGCAGUAUUGUACAUGUAUAUUAUAGCUAUUUUUAUUUAAAAUAUACCUGUUGUAUUGGCAAAUGUGUAACAUUUUUCAUUUUUUUCCUAGAAUGAUUAUUUGUUAAGACAAAUCCUGCUAAGUCAGACAAAGGUUUUUCAAAUAAAGACCAUAUAUACUA